CGACGUUUGAGUAUACAACCUAUAAUCACAAUAUGCGGAAUGAAUACUAAUGAUCCAGACUAGUGAUUAAGAGAAUAUUAUUGCACUUACAGAAAAUCUCUUUCGUAAGUUCGUUCGUGGUCGUUUUUGUCUUUGUGUACAGUAACUUUCACACAACAAUGUAUUCAGAGGAGGAUGAUCUUGUUGGUGAACAGUUCUCUGCAUUUUCGGAGAAGAAUGUGAGAUUAGGUUUUAUACGGAAAGUAUAUGGAAUUCUUUUGUGUCAAAUAGUUGUAACCAUUUUGGUAAUGGUUAUGUUCAUGUACAUAGAACCCGUGAAAGAAUAUUCACAAGCAAAUCCCUGGAUAUGGUAUACAGCAUUUGCCGUGACCUUUGUGACCCUGAUUGUACUGGCUUGCUGUGAAAAUGUCAGACGGACAUUUCCAAUGAACAUGAUUUUCCUUGGUAUUUUUACCCUCUUUGAAUCCAUCUUGCUUGGAGCAGUUACCAGUCACUACGAUGAGGUGUCUGUUCUGCUGGCUGUUGGUAUCACUGCGGGUGUGUGCUUUGGAUUGACUGUCUUUGCUUUCCAAACAAAAUAUGACUUCACAAUGUGGGGAGGACUUCUGUUUGUGUUUCUUAUCAUCCUUAUCCUGUUUGGACUCUUUGCAGCAAUAUUUCACAACAAGAUUUUGUCUGUUGUCUAUGCCAGUCUGGGAGCUCUGUUGUUUUCUUUCUAUUUGGUGUUCGACACUCAGCUGAUGUUGGGAGGUAAACAUAAAUACAGCUUGUCCCCUGAGGAAUACAUCUUUGCUGCUCUCAACCUGUACCUGGACAUUGUCAACCUAUUCCUCUUCAUCUUGUCCAUCAUUGGCAAUGCUCGAAAUUAGGUCAGAGGUCAAAGGAUAGUGCAAUGAGGUCAUAUACUGUAUGUAUACUUACCGGGUAUUCUUGUGGGAUUCAUACAUUAGCACCAUCGGUAGAUGAUGCAAGAGUGCUAAUUUAUGGCUGUGCUACAGUAUAAGAAUUUCUAUCUAGUCUCUAUCAUUAUCAUGCAUAAUAGAAAUGCUAGAUCCUGCCUAUGCCAAACAGUGCAUCAUCUCCCAUUUUACCAAAUUUUAAAUAUAAGUGCACAUACAGAAAAUGGACUUUGGUAAUGGACCAUUUGUUGUUUCGUACCUCUGUUAAAGCUUUGAAUCAUUUGAGUUUUCGUUUUAGCAAAAUAUGUUUUGCUACAUUCUUGUCAUUCAAACAAGUUCAGUUGGUGAAGAGUUGUGUUUUAAUUUCUAGUCUUUUUUUGGAUUUCAGUUUACAAAUGUGUCUGUGUGAAUUGAAUUUAUCACUAUUAAGAUGUUCUGCCAUGGAAUGUGUAUGUAAACAAAAUGUAAACAUCAUUUUCAAAAAAGCCUAUAUCAGAACCUAGUUUCUAAGUACAUGUAAUUUGAAACAGAAUAAGUUCUUGUAUAAAUGUAAGUAUGGAUUUUGUAUGAAGCCGCAGUUGCAACAUGAAUAGUUUAUAUUUUGCUGAUGUAUGAAAAAACCCACCCGCUGUGGGUCCAUAUAAAACAAGAACACAUAAUCAUAUUUAAAACUCUGUAAACAAUGUGAAUUGCUGUAACUUAAUCUUAGUUUGUAUUUGAAUGUAAGUUAUUCUCGAUUUUUCAUUAUUUUGAUGAUUGCAAGCCAUGUACAGGAAAUAAAAUACUUUGUCAUUUAACAGUUAGAAAGAGCAUACCCGAAAAUGGUUUAGCCGUUUUUGUAUAAACUUUUAUCAAAGUUUUAAGUUACACAUGUUUAUUGAAUUAGUUUUGUUUUGCACAACAAAAAGGGGUGUGGAUCAAAAGGAAUGUGGGUCCAAAUGUCAAGUGCCUGUGGGCAAAUUGAACUUAAAAUUCUGACAAAACAUGUAGAAAUGUUUUUCCCCAUAUUAAUUUCAUUCAGGCCCAAGACCCAGACUGAAUGUCCCCUAUACUAAUAAAUGAUUCACUUCUGAAUAUUUGUUCCUUACCUCUGAUUAUCUGGCCAAGUUAAUGCAUAGUGAUUACUAGGAUAUAGACAUGUACCAAAAUUGUUACACAGAUCUUGUCCUCAAGGUGGAAUUUCCAUAUCCCACAUGAGUAAAUGAUGGAAGGAUUAUUUUUCCUCACAUUGAAGUGCAUUAAUUCAGGAGCUUUGAGAUUUAGAAUCAUCAAAAUCCUCAUUUAAACUUUAAAAAUGCAAAAACAAAUUAAACAGUUAGAAAGAGCAUACCGAAAAUAGUAUAGCUUCUAUGUAUAAACUAUAAAACCCAAGGCUGUCCCUCAAAUUGAAAUUCAAAGAAAACAAUACAAAAUAUUUCACUUCCCCAUGUAAUUCAAGUAAAUAGAAAAUGCAUGACGUCAUAAUCAAUGAUGUUGUAGUAGUCUAAGACGUAUAAUUCUCACGUGGCUGUCUCACACUAGUAAAGUCGGUCUCGCUCUGGUGAUUGUGUGAGAAAUAAGGUUCUUACCUAAUCAUGACUUCAUCCAUUUUGAUGUCAUAAUUUCCAACAACAUACUGCCUAACUAUGUCCGAAGGCAGUCUUGGGGCUGGCAAAAUGAAUUUCGUAGUCAUACCCAUUCAAUAACCAUUUUUUGAUGUGUCAGAUGGCAAAUUGGGCUUAUAACUAUAAUAAAUUUAUACAAACCAUGUUGGAACAUUUUUGUCCUGAUUUCAUUCAUAGAACAUCUUUACAAAUGACUGUCUAUACUUGAGACUGAUAUGCAUGUUCUGGGUUAUGGUAUGGAAUGAUAAACAUCUAUUGAUUGUAUAAAGUGUAUUAAUGAUUGCUAAAUACUCCCGCAAGCUAAAUAUUUAUUUUAUAUACUUAAUAUUCUAAAUGAUUAUUUGUAAUUUAGAAGAGAAUGCCAUCAUUUUCUUUGAUAGAUACAUGUAUUUUGUACAGUGGUAUGAGUUGUAACACCAAUACUUUAUAAACAGACACGAUGUGUAUGGUAGAGACAGAUUGCCAAUUGUAACAUGACAUGGCAUAUUAUGGAAUUUGUUAUAGUUUAGUUUUCAAAUAGUUUAAAAUCCUUGAAGAUUUCUCUUGAAAUGCUGAAAUGUGUUGAAUACAUGUUCUGAUUACUAUUUCCCUUAAUUGAUGGUUUUGUUUUUUGAUAUUCUUUUUCUUUGUCAUGAUAAACAGCUGAAACUUUUUUUGUCUUUUCAUGGCCACCAUCUUUACACUUUUAUUGCUCUGUAUGUUUUAGCUUUAUUGUUUGAAUACCAGAAAAGUUCAUACAGUGGUAAACUUGUCCGCUAUGUGUCGUCAGCAAUUUUUUUUCUUUUUACAAUGCUACUCUUCAGAUUGAUUUAUAGAAAACUAAACCACUUCAAAACGGUACUCCCAAGACUGAUUUAUAUAAAAUUGAAAGUAUUUCAAAAUGCAGCCUACUUCUCCUAGAGUGUUUGCCUUCAGUUAGACUUUGAAAAAUUGAAGACGUGCAUGAUUCCUUGUAUUCUAAAUUUAAUGAAGUACGAAUAUGCUUUGAAAUUGUACGUCUAUAUAAAUAAGCUAUAAGCUUCUUAGAUUUUGAAUUCAUGUGUUGUGGUUUUUAUGAUAAUCGCCUUUCUGGCUUAGACUUUUUCUUUACAAUCUUUUCUUCAAACUCCUAAUUGUUUUGGAUUAGUGCAAUAUUUUGUAUGUCCAUUUGAGCUUUAAGUGAAUAUUGAUAUUGGUAAGACAUUAAUUGUGCAUUUAUUUUCAGAAGGUUUUUUUUUUCUUCAGUGUGUCACUGUAUUUUGAUACCUAUACUUUAUAUAAAAUUGUAUCUUGGUAAGUGUUUGUGGGGAGUGAUACAGACUGUAUAUGUGUUGAAGAUUAAAUGUAUGAGGUAAACCCUUCUAAUGUGUAGAAAGUGAAGGUCUGUUGUUUCAGUGAAUUAAUAAAGUUUUGGAUGAGGGUAGACAAACAGAUCUAAUUACACACAGGGGUUCAGGACGCUGUGGAUUUUAUGAUUACGUGAAUAGGAAGAAAAUGCUGUGAAAAUAUUUGUACAUUGGUGGGAUGUGAUUUGGCACUCUCUAUGUGUAUUUUUUCUGUUAUAUGUGGUAUGGAUUAAGUUUUGUUAUUGGUAAAUUGAUAAUAAAAUGUUAAUAAAAUCCUU